AUGGAAACGCUUUAUUUAUUUCUAUCGUUAUGGGUUUUGCAAGUGCAUUCAAUGGCGCUCACGGGACCUGUUUUAACAAGAUAUCGACCGUGCGAACUUGGUGUGAUACAUUUCGACAAAAUAACGGAUUUAUUGUGGCGCGGAGAAAUAGACCUGGAAUAUUAUCAUGAGCUGGUGGAUGUAGAAAUCGAAAUUGGUUUCGAAAAGCAGAUAUCGCUUCGUGGGGUUUCUCAUAACAGCACUGUUGUUAUUAAAAACAAAUCGCGCGAUUUUAUAUUCAAACCGAAAGGUGUUCACAAAAAAUAUUUUAUAUUUAUAACAACAAAUGGAAAUACUACUCAUGAAGUCCCGAUUGUUUCUAAAUUUAGACUUAAUGAAAUGGAGCUUUGUAACGAUUAUGUUAAGGCUUCUCAGUCAAUCGAUUCUCUCAAUGUGACAAAACCCAAUGAUAGAGAUUAUCGACACUACUGCGGCAGAAGAGCUUUAGACCACGGCGAAUUGACUUCUAUGCGAACCGACUCAAAGUCUGGAGAUUGGCCGUGGCAUGUGGCUAUAUUGAUAAGAACACCAAAUACUAAUCUAGCGAAUUACCAGUGUGGAGGAAAUAUUAUAUCCAGUACUGCUAUUCUAACCGCUGGACAUUGUAUGUUUUUAGAAGGAAAAUUAGUAGAAACAAAAAGAGUUAUUAUCGAAGCUGGUAUUUCUAAUCUCAGACAUAUGAAUGAAAGUGGAAGACAAAACUUACUUGCUGAGAGAGUAAUUCUGCAUCCGGGCUACAGCACGGAGCACGCUACUUCAGACCUCGCUAUUGUAGUUGUAAAUAAACUGCGCUAUAGUGAAUACGUCCAACCCAUUUGUAUUUGGGGGCCAGUAUACGACAAAACUACGCUUUUUGGCAAGCGGGCUGUGGUAACCGGAUUCGGAACAACAGAACAAAACGUGCUGUCAGACACCCUUAGAUCAACGGACACGUUAAUACAGAAUGAUACAGUCUGCAUUGCACAUGUGCCCAAACUGUACUCGAAAUUGCUUAACGAAUUUACGUUUUGCGCCGGCUUUGGUCCUAGCAGUGAUAUAAAUCCUCGAAACGGUGACAGUGGAGGUGGACUAGUAAUCCCCACUAUGCAACCUGAUCAUAUAGUCAGUUGGUUUCUACGGGGCAUCUUGUCAAAAUGUGGUAUACUACCCGGUGAAAAGUUCUGUGACCCUAAGCUCUAUGUAGUGUACACGGACGUUGCACCUCAUUACGGCUGGAUAUACCAUCACGCUGGCCUACGUUACAUUAAUAAUAUUCAAUCAUAAUACAGAAAAUCUAUAUAGUAUAUCUAAAUUAACGUAUGGCUCAAAAAUUUGUAAAUUAACUUAAUUAUAAGAUACUAGCCGAC